AUGGACGUCCCGGACAAUGGCCGUACCGCAACCGAGGCGUCUCUCGAAAUGGAAGAAAGUUGGACUGCCGACACAUUUCAUGGCAACUUGAUAUUCUCAAUACUGGUCGUGGAUAGUCGGGAUCUGCAGGAUAGUGAAAACGGUUUGCACGUUUCCUUGGAUUCAGUCGAGUUCCGACGGAUAUCUAGAGCAAGGAUAUACCUAGGUAUCUGCAUGGCUAUCUCUAGACCCUCGAGCUCUUUUCCCCGAUUUCUAGCAAUGAGAAUGGAAAAGCGUACGAGGACCCUGUCAACUCCAUAA